GCUGAGCGGUCCAUCUUAACCUCAUUUCUCACCUGAGGUGAUCACAGUUCGUGUGAACAGCCAUGGGGAACACAUGGGGAAAAUCGCUGAAUAACGCUUGGACUUCUCAUAAGAAAAAUGGGCCCUUCAUGUCAUCAUACCGCUACAUCCCACCUACAAUGGAAGACUGGAGGCUACAGAAAGGUGAUCUGCUGGAAGUGAUCGGAGAGACGCAGCAGUGGUUUUAUGUCAGGAAGCUGUCUCUGAGGAGCAGUAAGAGCAGGCGUCAUAGAGAGAAAAGAGGCUAUAUUCCUGCGGAGUUCAUGAAGCGGGUGACCAGUUUGGAGGCUCAGCCAUGGUACUUCGGAAAUGUUACUAAACGCCUGCGAGCCAAACGACAUCUGCUAAAAAAAGAAAACAGCGACGGAGCCUUUCUCGUCUGGAAGUGUACCGCGGAAAAUCAGUAUUAUUUAUCAGUAAGAUGUGGCGAAAAUGUGAAGCACUACAAAAUUAAAGAAGUCAAUGGAUCAUUCUUCCUCGUGUCAAGCAAGACAUUUCCGACCAUCUGUGCAUUGGUUGAAUCGUACUCCAGGGACCCAGGGGUACUUUGUCGCAAGCUUAACAAGUCUUGCCUGACAGUAAAGAAGCAGCCUUCUUCUGUGGGGCGUAAAGAUAAGGACUGGGAGGUGGACAGAGGAUCUUUUGUGAAAGUGGAAAAAAUGGGGAGUGGGGAGUUUGGAGAAGUGUGGCAAGGUGUAUGGAACAGCACAGUGGAGGUGGCUAUAAAGGAGUUCAAAGCGAAGAGCCCAGAUAACCUGAACGAAAUUGAAAUCAUGAAGCAGUUGCACCAUGAACGGCUCCUCAAGCUCUAUGCAGUCUGUACCAGGGACGAGCCGGUCUGCUUAAUCACUGAGUUCAUGAAGAACGGCACCCUGCACCAAUAUCUCAGAGAGCAUAAUGAAAUGAAAGACAUAGAAUUCCCCAGAAUGGUGAACUUUGCUAUUCAGAUUGCAGAAGGAAUGGCUUUCCUAGAGGCUAAGAAAAUUGUGCAUCGAGAUUUACGGGCAGAAAAUGUCCUACUGGAUGAUUCCGGGUGCUGUAAGAUUGGAGAUUUUGGCCUGGCACAGAGCACAAGUUCAGGAGAACAGGAAAUUUUAAUGAGUACAAAGCUUCCUGUGAAAUGGAUGGCCCCAGAAAUUUUUACAAGAAGCAAAUACACAAUAAAGUGUGACGUGUGGUCAUUUGGAAUCGUAUUACAUGAAAUUGUCACCUUUGGAGAGGAACCAUACUUAGGUCAAAGUAAAGCAUUUUGUGUGAAGGGAGUACAGAAAGGAUACCGAAUGCCCAAAGCACCCAACUGCUCCCAGUUCCUAUAUGAUGUAAUGCUUCUUUGCUGGAGGUCGAACAGCGAGGAACGGCCAGGAUUCGUCGAGCUACAGGAUAAGCUGAAGGCUGCAAUUCAAGAACCUGCAUCGGAGGAAAAAGAGAUAAAUACAGAAGAGAAGGACUGCACAACUUCACUGUGAAGUCUGGGAAUCUGUUAAAUAUGUUAACAGGUGUGGAAAUGAAGAAUUUUUGCCACUAACCAACUAGGCUACUUCAGUUAAAUAUGUAGUCUGACAGGCCAUGUUUUUACUAGCCAGCGGAAAACGUUUUUGCACUCCUCCUUUGUCUAACUUACUUGCUUCAAGUAAGUAAGUGACCUU